UUACGUUGAAGGGAAGUAAUUCACUUACUACUUCCCGUGUUCAUAUGAGGUAGGCUUCAAAAAGGUAUAUGAAGGACAGAAACAAUUUUUUUUUAGAUGUUUUCUCGAGCUGGAUGUUUUCCUCGAGUGGCAAGGACCGCCUGCCGAAGAAUGGGAAAUUUUGCUUCCUCCACAACAGGUGGAUCAACAAGUACAGCAUGUGUAAAGUUUGUUAAUGAAUUGGUGUCACAGAACUGCGUUGUGAUAUUUUCCAAGACCACAUGUCCAUACUGCAAAAUGGCAAAAAAUGUGUUCAAUGAAAUAGGUGCUUCUUACAAAGUAAUUGAACUUGAUGAACACAAUGACGGGAGGAGACUACAAGAGGCCUUAGCUCAGAUAACUGGUGCUAAAACGGUUCCAAGAGUCUUUGUGAAUGGAAACUGUAUCGGAGGUGGUUCAGAUACCAAACAGCUUCAUCAGCGGGGCAAGUUAGUGUCCCUAAUCAAUCAGUGUGCGCCGUGCUGUCCUAGCACCGAAGGCUCCGGGAGUGGACUUUUUCAAUAUGCAAAAUGACUAACAGUUCUUGUAUCUUUCAGUAACAGUUCUUGUAUCUUUCAGUUAUGGAUUGAUACAUGUUUGUUAAAUAUUGGGCUUCAAGUUGCAUGUUGUUGACUCAUUUAUUUAUCAUAGUGCAUUGAAUACUUGUCAUCCAACACAUUUUCAUUCAACAGUUUACAUUUAAGUUUUCAUGUAAAGCAUCCAGCAUCGUCUUAGGUCUGGUUUCAGUAGGCAUUGGAUACUAAUAAUUGAUGAUGAUAAUAAUAAUUUUUAUUUCUAAAUAUGCUUGUACAUUGCAAAUCGUUUCAGGGUAUUUGUGCCAAAUGAUAUAUGUCUCAUGAUCCAAAUAAAAGAUCCUGUGAAACUC